ACCUCGGUAUUCGGCUUGUCCCGGAAUAACACGAGUUGGUCACGAAUGCGAUGGACCAGGAAACUAGAAGAGCGGAAAUGGAUCCAGUAUUACCGGGUUUUCAUGAAAGUAUCGCACAACAAGUGAUUGAUGAUAGAGAUGGACAGAACUCCAACUUUAAUCUCUUGAAGCAGAAAAUUGUUCAAGAUGAUGAUGGGCACUUCCCAGAUGAUAUCUGCUUCCCAGCAGGGAAGACAGGGAUUCAGAAUGUCACCUCCCCUGAUCCAAAUGGACCCUAUAAACAGGUCAUGCAGGGGAAGCGUAUUGUGCAGCAAAACCAGGACCCGAGGAAGGAGGAGUUCCUGUUUGCAGGAGACCAAGAAGAGGAGUCUGUCCCAGACACGUUGGAGAACUUAAACGUGAGACCAAGGGGAACUAUAGCGGAAGCCACAGUAGUGAAAAGCAUCACUAUCCUCAGUGAUCGCAGCAGUUUCCAUGAUGUGAAAGAUAUCAGGGUCAUGGUCAAAUGCAGCGUGGAAGAGGAGAGUGUUGAUGUUUACAAUGACUCACAGUGCGUGGUUCUUGGGUCCAGCCAGGAUGUGUCGCUGUUGUUCAGUGUGUUCGAUAAACAGAAAAAAGGAACAUAUGGAGUUAUUACGGACAGGGGCAUGAAACCAUCUCCACAAGGCAGGUACAACCAUGGAAAAGAAUUCCAGGUUAUUAAAGAGUUGGGUCGUGGAGGGUUUGGCCAAGUCGACCUCUGUGAACACAGGUCUGGGAAGAAGUAUGUGAACAAGAAGAUUUCUGCCCGAUUCCGGAAGAAGGAAGUUGAAGUGCUGAACACUCUAAGCCAUCCCAACAUCACAGGUUUCCUUGGCUACAUCUUCCGGGAAGGUCAGCAUGAGAUCCUCAUGGAGUAUGCUGGUGUGUCCCUGUCAGCCUUCAUUGCGACCAAUGCCAACUGGCGGGAGCUGUGGACACCGGACGCUGUGAUGAGGAUGGCCAUGCAGGGCUUCUCAGCCCUGGCCUACAUGCACACUGUGUUCGAGAUCCUGCAUCUCGACAUCAAGCCGGACAACAUUUGCAUCACUUAUGAAGGGGACAAUUCACCUGUGAUCAAACUGACAGAUUUUGGAACGAGCAAGACGCCCGAGACUGCAAUCUGCUAUGAUGGCUGGACACCAGAGUACAUGUCCCCAGAAGCCAGCAGACAGUACUACGCUGCCAAGGCAUCGGUCCCCGAAUGUUUCCUAGCCGAUGACAUCACGGGCAAGUCGGACGUGUUUGCGUUCGGUCUGACGAUCUGUUACAUGCUUCAGGGACAACACACUGUCCUCCUUCUGUGGAAAAACCAGCUGAGCUUGUGCAGUGCUCAGGAGUUUGCUGCGAUUCGACCACGAUUCAUUGCCUAUCUUGCACAGAGUCCUAAUUACAUCCAGGACUAUGGCAUCCCAGCCGACCUGCCUGUAAAGACCCGUGAACUGCUGCAGUGUCUUCUGGUUGGAGAUCCCAAAAUCAGGAUGACAGCAGAGGAGGCAUUGCUGUACAUUCAGCACCAAGUACAAGGUCAAGUCACCCUGCCAACGAUUCUGCCACCAUCCUCCCCCUCGGCUUCAAGCAUCUCGGCAACAUCUGGUGACCUUAUGACAUCCCUGAUGACCUCUGAUCUAACACUACAAGAAAUCUCGCUGAAGAAACCAGUGCCUCCUGGUGGAGGGAAAGAUAUCAAGAACAGCCUUCGUCAGAAGCUACUGAGGCGAAAGUCCGCUGACCCCUAUCACCGACACUGUAGCCGCACAACAAGCGGUAUGACAAGCAAGGCCGAGGCAGAGGAAGACAAGCUGCCAAACUUUGCUGCACUCUUUGACUAAAAAUGCCAUGACUAGUUUUGCGAAAAAAACGCCCUUUUCUCUGAAACACCUUGACCUUCAUGCAUGCAAUCUCCUGACAACAACAGCAUGCACUCACUUAGACUUAGAGAAACACAAAUACAUUUGAUCUACAGUAGACUGCAUUUUCAAAUUUUUCCUAUUUUCGUUUAAACCUCUUGACAUCUCUCUCUCUCUCUCUCUCUCUCUCUCUCUCUCUCUCUCUCUCCCCCGUAAAAAAUAAAUAAUAAAAAUAAAAUAAUGCAUAAACUGUUCUGUAUGUGGUUUUCCAUUUUGUUAUUGGUUUUUAUGUAUGUGGUUUUCCAUUAUGUUAUUGGUUUUUAUGUAUGUGGUUUUUCAUUAUGUUAUUGGCUUUUUAUGUAUGUGGUUUUAAUUAUAUUAUUGGCUUUUUGUGUAUGUGUUUUUCCAUUUUGUUAGUGGCUUUGUUAAACCAUAGUGCUUUAAAGUGGAAGUUGUUGGUUGACAUGAAGUCAAGUUCUUACAACAUUUGAGUGGUUUCCUAUCUUUGAGAUACAGACUGACAGAUAGAUGAUCCUCAUCUUUACUGUGUAAAAGAUCAUGUAGAUUAAGAUCUGCCCUAUUUAAGUGCUAUCAUCUUUUUAGUGCUGUUAUCUUAGCGCUGUCCUGUUUUAAGUGCUCUGCUACAUAAGUGCUCCGAUAUUUAGAAAUGCAUGCAAGCUUACAUUUCUUUCAGUUUGUCUGUUUAUCUCUUGUUUUGUAUAAGUACCUUAAGAUUUAUCAGAAAGUGUAUUCACCUUUUUGUAAUAAUCCAGCGUUUGAUGAUAAGGUAUUCAGUCUUUUAAUGGUUUUUUUUAUGUAAUAUUUUUUAAAAAGUUAAUAAUGUACAAAAAUAAACCAUGAAAUAUAAACUUGUGCUGUUCUGUGCUUGAAUAAAAUGCUACUGCUUACA